CCCUCGCCCUCUCCCUCUCUCUCGAUUGGAAACAUAUUAGGGGAAUUUAGUUUCAGCCGCGUGUUCUUGAUGUCUGUUGAUUUUUCUGGUUUCGAACUCUUAUUUGAUUGUUCUGUUUCGCGCUAUAGUAGUGUAGCGAUGGAAGGCUGGACCAACAAGGAUUUUGAGCAAAGUUCAGUGGAUGUUACAAACACUGAUGAAACUAGUGAUGCGGUGAAAGAAAGGUCUAGAGAUCAGAGACUGGCUUUCCCUGGAGACCCGAAAUGUGUGAUAUGCGGCCGCUAUGGUGAAUACAUCUGUGAUGAGACAGACGAUGAUGUUUGCAGCUUGGAAUGCAAACGGACUCUAUUAAGCAGGAUUAGUAAUUCUUCUAGAGGUGGUCAUCCAUCUUCAAAGAAAUUAUCGACUAUUGAUGAGUGCUAUUAUGUUAAAGAUGGCAAUGAUAAAACAGGAUCUCAGUCUUUACCUUGUGACCAAUCUGAAGUGCUUAGGAUGAGACUUGGCAUCCAUGUGAAGGGAAAUUCAGUUCCUGCACCAAUUUUGUCUUUUUCCUCUUGCCACCUUCCACAGAAGCUUCUAGAAAAUAUUGAAUCUUCUGGCUAUGAAAUGCCCACGCCUGUUCAGAUGCAAGCAAUACCUGCGGCUUUGACUGGCAAAAGCCUGCUUGUUUCAGCUGAUACAGGGUCAGGGAAGACAGCAUCCUUUUUGGUUCCUGUAAUUACAUACUGUGCAAAUAAUGGCCUGCAAAACUCUUCAAAUGGGAGAAAGCCCCGUGCUAUUGUAUUGGAACCAACUAGGGAGCUCUGUAUACAAGUUGAGGAGCAAGCAAAGAUGCUUGGCAGGGGUUUGCCUUUCAAAACUGCUCUUGUGGUUGGAGGUGACCCUAUGGCUGGACAACUUUAUCGCAUUCAGGAAGGAGUUGAAUUGAUAGUGGGGACUCCAGGAAGACUUAUUGAUCUUUUGACCAAGCAUGACAUUGAGCUAGACGACAUUAUGAUUUUUGUUUUGGAUGAGGUGGAUUGCAUGCUUCAGCGGGGCUUCCGUGAUCAGGUGAUGCAGAUCUUUAGGGCAUUAUCACAACCCCAACUGUUGAUGUAUUCAGCAACUAUUUCUCCGGAAGUUGAGAAGAUGGCUGGAACCAUGGUCAAAGAUGUAACAGUUGUCUCCGUCAGCAAGCCCAGUACUUCAAAUAAAGCAGUGAAGCAUAUAGCUAUCUGGGUGGAGACAAAGCAAAAGAAGCAGAAACUUUUCGAUGUGCUGAUGAGCAAGCAGCAUUUUAAGCCUCCAGCAGUGGUGUAUGUGGGUUCUAGACUUGGUGCAGAUAUGCUAGCCAAUGCAAUAGCUGUUAAGACUGGAAUGAAAGCCUUAUCUAUGCAUGGGGAGAAGUCUAUGAAGGAGAGAAGAGAAAUCAUGCAGUUAUUUUUCAUGGGAGAAUGCCCUGUCAUUGUUGCAACUGGAAUUUUAGGUCGGGGAGUUGACUUGUUGGGUGUGAGACAGGUGAUAGUUUUUGACAUGCCAAAUUCAAUUAAAGAAUAUGUCCACCAGGUUGGGAGGGCAUCUAAAUUAGGUGAGGAGGGUACAGCAGUUGUGUUUGUGAAUGAGGAGAAUAAGAAUGUGCUCCCAGAUUUGGUCAAACUUCUAAGAGCUUCUGGUGCAGCUGUUCCUCGGGAGCUCGUUAGUUCACAAUACACAAGGAGUUUUGCUUCUGCUGGCAAGGGGCAGAAGAAGAGGAAGCAUAGUUACUAAGGUUUUGAGUGCUUAUGCUGGCUUGGAUUCUUAGGAAAUUGUGUUGCUUGGUAACCACAACCAUUUCUUCUAUCUUACAAAAGAUAAAAGG